UACUAAAUCCAUUUAGCAUGUUCAUGUAUAUGUGUCUGGGGCUGACAACUUGGGUUGGACAACCCAUUGAGAAUACAUCUCUGGAGGAAAUGGCUUCUCUCUUUGCUGCAAUUGGGCACCUACCCGUAAGUACAAGAUGCAUUUUCAUGACUUCCUAGGGCCAUCUGACCGCGAAAAUGGGCUCAAAAACAAAGACGACAGAGAAGACGAAUCCCCACCCACCUCUACGCCCCGCCGAAUCAGCUGCUCUGAUGCGUGGCUGCCUAAGAGGGCUGGAAUCUGUCAGUUUCAUGGAACAAAUGCAGAGAAUCCCGAACCAGCCCCUCCCCACCCCUGCUUCUCAGUCCAAGAAGAGGAGGACACCACUGUCAUCUUUCUUUUCCAAGGUCUCUUGGAAACUGAGGCUGCAGAAGCGGGAACCUUUGAAGAAUCUGUUUUUCGUCUUGGCAGAAAGAGCCCGGGGUCCUAAUCCUAGAAAGCGCCAUCUAGCAAUGAGAGGCCUGGGUAUCUUGGCCCAUGAAGCUCCUGACAAGCAGGUGAGAAAGUAUAAGAAAGUUAUGCUUGACCUGCUGGUACACGGGCUGUAUGAUCCUGUGAGUUCCGAAGUCAUUCAUGAGAGUGUGAAGACGCUGACUAUCAUGUUGGGCAAGAUCCAGGGCCAACGGCUGGGCUCCUUCUUCAUAGACAUCACCCUUCAGACCCGGACCCUAUUGGAUGAUGAGGAUGACGGCGUGCGCUACUCGGCCUUUGUCCUCUUUGGGCAGUUGGCUGCAUUUGCUGGGCGGAAAUGGAAGAAGUUCUUCACCCACCAGGUCAACCAGACCCAAGAUUCCCUCCUAAGCCAUUUGCAGGACGAAAGCCCUCAGGUUGCCAAGGCUUGCACAAUGGCUGUUCAAGCCUGUGUUCCAUACCUGAAACCCAGAAAGGAGCAGAGUUUCCAAAGUGAAGAAGACCAGAAGAACCGCAGGCUUUCCCGGCAACUGAGCCACUACCAUCCAGAGAUCCUGCUGUUCUUCUAUGCCAAUAAAAUCCUGUAGAUCCAGAGCAGCAGAGAAAGCCCACGGGAGUGUCCUGCCCCAGCAUGGAAUUUCCCGUCUGUCUCAUAGGAUACCUCUUUGACUCUCGAGUGAUUGUAAGAGAAUAGAGGAUGUCAGAGAGCAACUGAAAAAAAUCACCCUGGAAGUGCAUGCAAAGUAAAAUUCUAUGCAAGCGUGUGCACAUACAUGCACAUGACUGUGGAGGUCAGAGGACGACCUCACUGCUGUUCCUAAGGCGUCAUCCAUCUUUCCACUGAAACAGGAUCUUUGACUGGCCUGGGGCUUGCAGGAGCUUAGACUAGGCUUGAUAGCUAGUGAGCCAGUUCUGGGGUUAUAACCACAGUCCAGUGAACCAACCUUUUUUUGACUGUGCCAAAUUCAGGCCCUUAUACCUACUUGUGCUGACUAAGCCGGCUCCCCAGCCCAGUAGAUGCACACUUCCUUAAAACAUUUAACAUGCAUGAUGUCCCAAUCGCUCCUUUCUCACUCUCUCUCUGCCAGGUGACACACAUUUAUAAUAUGUAACUUCUGAGGCUUGGGGGAACAAUUGUUACCUUAAACAUUUUUAAACUGUAUUUGUUUUUGAUAGUUUGCUAUUUGCUACCGACCAGGAGACCAAGGAGCUGGCUUACAAUGUGUCUUUAAUUUCAGAUGAUCUUAAAAUGUCAUGGUCUUAAAAUCAUCUUUAAAAAGAACAACAAGGAAAAGAAAUAUUAUUGAAAAUCCACUGAAUGAUGAUAAGUUACAGAAUAAAAACAGUAACAUUUACUGAGAA